AAACAGUGCUUCGGGCAACCUCAGAUCGUUCUGUCCAGCCUCCGUUUGAAGCUCACACCUGAUCGCGCGCGUCUCGUCUAUCGCGGCAUACGGGCCGUGGGAGUGCAAAAGAGAGGCACUGAGUGGCCAACAUAUAUACACACAGGUAGAUUUUGUUUGCUUAGUGUGAUCUCGGGGGAGGGAAAAAGUGGUCGGAGCAUCUCUUGGACAAAUUGGACAUUAAAGCUGAACUAUAUUGUUUUGUUCAAUUGGCGUUUGAGUGCGAAGUUAAGCGCGGCACUUAGCGGUGGUGCAUCAAAAAAAAUCUAAUAAUUGCUUGAAUUAACAGAAAACUGUUUAAAUUUCGUUCAGCAUUAAAAACGACACUUUAUCUCUUUUUAUUGUGAUUGUGUAUUUAACAAAAGUGUGGCUUUUUUGUGGGGCUCCUUUGAGGCGAAACUUGCACCCAACUUGUGGACAGUGUCAAUUGUGUGGGACUUUUGUCUACGACGUGUGAAUCUUUUAAGUUAAUUGCGGUGAAUUUUUUUUUCGUUGGUUCAUCAUCUACUGUGAAAUUCUUACACGGAGCUGCGGAUUGCGGAGGAAAGACUUCCUGUAAGCGGAAGUAGCCUGAGGAGGAGGUUAGCAUCUGUGGCGUGCGAGUUGUCAGUCAAAGUGGUCAAAAUGCGAUAAUAGUGUGAUGAUUGUGGGAAAAUAGGUGCUUUUUCACACGACACCCGCGCACUUUGUGUAAUAUUUAUAAAAGAAAAUAUUUGACAAACUUGUACUAAUUAAUUACUGUGUGCUUAAAUACAUUUUGUGGUGCUUCAUGUUGCCAUUACCACUUCGGCACAUUAACAGAUUUGCUAAUCAAGUCCUAAUCGCUUUUAUUAUGUGAUUUAUAAACAUUACCACCACACAAUCCUCAUAUAAUACACCUCCUUGUUUUGUGUCAUCAAUCAACAUUAUACAUCUGGUGCAAGAAAAGGAUAAAUACGCAGAAAUUAUGGCCACAUCGCAUAUUUUGUCCGCAAUUGAACCCCUCAAUGGUGCAAAUGGCGCAGCAACUGCCACUACGGGUGGAUCCCACAGCAAUCGUAGUCCGGACAUUGAGCGGAACCUGAACGUGACUCUGGACGACCGGGAGCUGUGGUUGCGAUUCCAGAAUCUCACGAAUGAGAUGAUUGUCACGAAAAAUGGAAGGCGCAUGUUUCCCGUCGUUAAGGUGACUGCAACUGGACUCGAUCCGGCUUUUAUGUACACAAUCCUCUUAGAAUUCGUGCAAAUCGACAACCACCGCUGGAAAUAUGUGAAUGGCGAAUGGGUGCCCGGCGGAAAGGCAGAAGCACCACCGUCAAAUCCCAUCUAUGUCCACCCUGAAUCACCUAAUUUUGGUGCACACUGGAUGAAGGAACCCAUUUCAUUUGCAAAAGUAAAGCUCACCAAUAAAACCAAUGGAUCUGGGCAGAACCCAUUGCAGAUUAUGCUGAAUUCCCUGCACAAGUACGAACCACGUGUGCAUCUUGUACGGGUUGGCUCAGAGCAACGGAGGGUUGUGACGUACCCCUUUCCAGAGACACAAUUUAUCGCGGUGACUGCGUACCAAAAUGAAGAAGUUACAUCACUCAAGAUUAAAUACAAUCCCUUCGCGAAGGCUUUUCUCGACGCAAAAGAGCGUCCUGAUGUUGUUUAUUCGCGAGAGAAUACAACGUACGGAUGGUUCCUACCACAUGGGUCCUAUACAAGUGCACCACAGACACCUAUUGCCACCUGUGACAGAUUCUCAGGGAGAACCAGUAGAAGUGCACCGUAUACAACGCAGAGACCUAGAUCCAUAACUAAUAGCACUUCUUCGUCACCACCACCACCGCCGCCGGUAUCAGGUGACGCAAAUACCCCGUCGGUUUUUCCAGCUUAUCCCACAAACUGGCCAUCAACAAGUACCCCAUCAUAUUGGAAUCCUGGAAACCCGAGCAGCCCCAUUGCUGUUGCUGUCCCACAAACCACAUCACCCACCCCAUCGGGUGGUUCGCCAGGGUAUGUUUCCUCACCGGGUAGCUACACCACCCAUCACCUAACACCCCACAAUCAAUAUAUUGGCGCGUCGCCCGCAGACGGGUACCAGCCGGCCGGUGGAUCUCCCACGCCCCUCUACACCUCAUCCUACCAAGUGUACCAUCCGACGCCUGCCGUGUCGCCGUCGCAUCAACUAUAUGGAAAUGUCCUCAAUGCGCCCACAAUCACGAACCUCGGGUACUCUUCCACCUGGCACAGUGGCAGUGACUAUGGGGUCUUCCAGAACUCAUACCACUACCAAGCACCCGAAUACGUGCCUCUAAUUGGGGAGUUAGAAACAUAUCCACCACCACCGAGUGAAUCUGCCCCGGACACACCCAAGGAAGAGACACCCAUUUACGGUGCAGGAAACCAGCAUGCAAGUACAGAAUCAGUCUUGCAGCUCAAAUGCGAAAACCACUCACCCGAGAGCGGAAAGACCGAUUUGGCUUCAGCCACCUCCACCACUAGCAAUCGUGUCCCCACAUCUAGCAACUGGACACCCCUAACGCCGCCACAGUCCCACAUAUGAGACUGUCGUUAUAAGCUCAUUAUAGCACACAAUUCUCAGAUGCAAGUGUCUCUUGCACACAACUUUGUGUAUACGCCGCAGGAUGCUGUGUGGAGGAUGCACACAAGCCCAGAAUCUUCAUAUAGCAUAUUUUCAGCCCACCCCUGAUGUUGUAUACAUAGUAGAGAGAUGGAGUGGGCAACAUGAAAGGCCAGGACACACCAAGAAACUUGAACCAGUACUUCAUAUUUGUUGCAUGAAAUAUUAUUAUUGAAGGAAAUCGAUAUUUAGCAAAUAGAAAAUUAAUAUCCUGAAA